GCGCAACAACGAAACGAGAAAACGCUAGUUCCUCAAUCUUGGUCGUCCGAGAGCCCGUGGGUGAGGCUGACAUUAGACUCGGCCGAUAAUAGUAAGGUGGACGGGAGCAACGGCCCUGAGAGCAUUCAAACAAGACUGGACGACUGAGAGCCGGAGUUUCAGUAAUGCCGCUACCCGGUAUCUUCCACAAGCUCUACCCCGGUUCGCCGGCCAGUGUCUGGCGCUGGAGCUCAGGACGUCCCCAGUUUGGAGCACGGAUUGAUGACAUCGAGCAACCGAGCACUCGACCAGCCAGAGGCGGUGUCUACGUCCCGAGCAUAGACGAAUCUGCGACAACCGAUCAUGGAACCUCCACCGGCCUCCUCUUCCGCAAGAGAUCACCUUCACAACCACAAACAACACACUCGAGUUUAGUUAGAAGGCGAACCUGCCACGCCGGCUUUGUUAACCUCUCACACUUCAGAAUGUUCCUUAUUCUGGCCCUCGUCUUCCUGGGCGGCUACGUCCACUACCUCUGGAGAGCUGAAGCCGCCCUCAGCGUAGCGUGGGUGCCCGACCCGGAUGCCAGGCUGUUCGAACAGCGGCCUCUCCUGCCUCCGCUCAAGGAGACCAGCAUCGACACCUACACGCUGCCGCUGCACACAAAGGGCCGCGACAUCGUCGACGAGAAAGGCCGUCGCUUCAAGCUCUUGUCCGUCAAUUGGUACGGCGCCAGCGACGAGUUGAACAUCCCCAGCGGCCUCGAUAUCCAGCACCGCGACGUGAUCGCGCAGACCAUCCGCGGCCUGGGCUUCAACAGCGUGCGCCUGCCCUACAGCGACGAGAUGGUCAUAACCGACCCGCCUAUCCCCGCUGAGCUGCUCACCGCGAACCCGGACCUAAUCGGGUUGAAAGCCCUAGAUAUCUUCGAGGCCUGCGUGACAGCAUUGACCGAUGCGGGCAUCGCUGUCAUCGUCAACAACCACAUCACCCACUCGACGUGGUGCUGCGGCGCCGACCCGUGCGAUGCCCACUGGGCCAACGACCACCUCGGCCCGCUGUGCCGCAUCAAGCAGACCGAGGAGGACUGGAUCCAGCACUGGGAGACCAUCAUGCUCCGCUUCGUCGACAACCCCCGUGUCAUUGGCGCCGACCUGCGCAACGAGGUGCGCGGCGUCUGGGGCUCGAUGACUUGGGACAAGUGGGCCACGGCGGCCGAGAAAGCCGGCAAUCGGCUCCUGGAGAUGAACAAGGACUGGCUGAUCAUCGUCGGCGGCACGGAAUCCGGCAACGACCUCACCGGGGUCGCCAAGCGGCCCGUCGUCCUCACCGUCCCGGACCGUGUCGUGUACUCGGCGCACGUCUACGCCUGGUCCGGCUGGGGAAGCCUUGAAGGGCGCUACUCAAAGCGCGGCUACGCGUCAUUUGUCAACUCCAUGAGGCACAACUGGGCCUACCUGGUCGAGGGCGAUCAGGCGCCCGUGUGGGUGGGCGAGUUCGGUGCGCCCCACCAGCCUAGCAUGGGCGACGCGAACUACUGGAACAACCUGCUGCGGUACCUCAAGGUCAUUGACGCCGACUUUGGCUACUGGGCCGUCAACCCGCGCAAACCAAAGGACAACGUCAAGGAGACGUAUUCCCUGGUUGAGGACGACUGGGUAACGCCUGUACUGGACUACCGGAUGAGGGACAUGGUCGAGAUCAUGAGGGCUUAGUUGUGUUUCGGUUCUCCUCAACAGGCAUUGCGCUUUGCGUGC